AUGUGCCACUUUCAGGUCUCCUCACACUGCUGGUGUGUUGAAUUUUUUGACAUAGGGUGCUGGCAGAUUACGGGCCUCCCAUAGCUGCUGCCAGGCCCCUAAUCUGCCAUGGGCCCCUAUAUACCGCCUCCUCAUGCUGCUGCCAAGUCCAGAGUCUCUCAUGGGUCCCUGUACACGCCUCCCAUUGCUGCUGUCUCCAUCACCACACUCUGCCAUGUGCCACUUUCAGGUCUCCUCACACACUGCUGUUGUGUUCAAUUUUUUGACAUAGGGUGCUGGCAGAUUACGGGCCUCCCAUAGCUGCCACCAGGCCCCAAAUCGGCCAUGGGCCCCCGUACCGCCUGGUCACGCUGCUGCUGAGCCCACAGUGUGACCUGGGUUGCUGUAUGGCCUCCCAUUGCUGCUGCCUCCACCGCCACCAGACUCCAAGGGCAUUUAAAUUAAAGGU